AUAUGCAAAUAGGACUUUAUAUACAGCAGAAAUUAUUCAAUCGUUUCUUAGAGAUUUAUGAAGAUAUCAUGAGAGAUUGCAAAUAUUCGCCAAAAUUAGCCCAUCCACCUAUCAAAUUUGAAGAACCUAUUUAUGGUACGACCGAUUUGAGGUAUUCAGAUUACAUGGCACCAAGUUUCAUGCUAACAAUGAGCUUCUUUUUAGCCGCCGCAGUUUCUACCACUUUAAUAAUUACAGAUCGGAUGGAGGGUGUCUGGAAUCGAAGCGUAGUUCAAGGGGUCAGAACAGAAGAAAUUCUGCUGUCUCACGUUCUUAUUCAGAGCGUCGUCAUUAUCAUCCAUACAGCUAUGAUAAUGCUCUUAAUAUUUCCUAUAUGGGGCCUAGAAUGUAAAGGAUCGAUAUUUAUAGUAAUGGUCCUCAUGUUUCUCUCCGGUUUUUGCGGAUUAAUGUACGGUUUUAUUAUCUCUGUUACAUGCAAAAAUCAAAUUAUAGCGCAUUAUAGUUCAGCCGGAAGUUUUUUCCCGUUUGUAGUGCUCAACGGAUGUCUAUGGCCAUUGGAGGGAAUGCCAAUAGUACUUCGCUGGUUUAGUUAUGCAUUGCCAACUACUUUGCCCUCUACAUCAUUGAGAGAAAUCAUCUCCAAAGGAUAUUCCAUAUUUAAGCCACAAAUUUAUAAUGGCUUUUUAAUAAUUGUAGGGUGGUCAUUAUUGCUUCUUAUCGUAACUAUAUUCCGUGUAAAAUCGAAGUCUUUUUGA